AUGAAGCACGACAUAGAAAAACUCAAAGAAGAUGUCAAAGCCACAAUGAAGGAAGAUCUCAGCAGAUUCAGGGAGGAAAUGAUGUGCGAGCUGCAGAACCAGAAGAGCAGUAUCACCGAGACGCCGUACACAAAGAUGAGAAUCUUCUGGGACUCUGGAGUGCGGACCUAUGAGAACGUGGACGAAACAGCAUCGGAUAUGAUCAAGAGAGGCUUCGGCUUGACUUGGGUUCCAAAAGAAAACAAGCUAAGAUCGGCCAAGGAGAAGCUCGACUCGCUGUUGCCAUGGAAACGGAUUAUCAACACCGAUACAGGUCAACGCGCGAGGGAGAAGCUUACUGAGUUCAGACGCGAGGACCAGUGA